AAGCUGGCCAUGUAACAUACUCAAUUGGAGUACUUAUAAAACACCCCACUUUUUUGUGUCUCACACACACUUUUUUAUAAUCUUCUAUAUUCCUCUUUUCUUCUUAUGGAUUCCAUUUCCAUUUUCUUAUAUGCCCUCUUCAUCUUUUGUCUAUUUUUAAUGAUAUGGAAGAUCAUAGAUCAAAGAAGGCACCAAACUUGUUACAUUUUGGAUUACCAAUGCUACAAACCAAUCAAUGAUCGAAUGCUUAGCACAAGAUUUUGUGGAGAAGUGAUAAGGAGAAACAAGAAUCUUGGACUAAAUGAGUACAAGUUUCUUCUCAAAGCUAUUGUGAGUUCUGGCAUAGGUGAACAAACAUAUGCACCAAGAAUGGUCUUUUAUGGUCGUGAAGAAUGUCCAACUUAUCAUGAUGGUAUUUCAGAAAUGGAUGAAUUUUUUCAUCAUAGUAUUGACAAGCUUUUCAAGAAAACAAAUAUUCCACCUUCACUAAUUGAUGUACUAGUUGUGAAUAUCUCAAUGCUUGCAACUAUUCCUUCAUUAUCUUCAAGAAUUAUCAAUCACUACAAGUUAAGAGAAGACAUCAAGGUAUAUAAUCUUACUGGAAUGGGGUGUAGUGCUAGCCUCAUAUCAAUAAAUAUCGUACAAAACAUUUUCAAGAUUGAAAAGAAUAAGUUAGCACUAGUUGUGACAUCUGAGUCUUUAAGUCCAAAUUGGUAUUCAGGAAAUGAUAGAUCUAUGAUUCUUGCUAAUUGUUUGUUUAGGUCAGGUGGUUGUGCAAUACUAUUGACAAAUAAAUUGGAUUUGAAAAAUAAAGCUAUGUUCAAGUUAAAAUGUCUAGUUAGGACACAUCAUGGUGCAAAAGAUGAGUCAUAUAAUUGUUGUAUACAAAAAGAGGAUGAUCAAGGUAGGACAGGAUUUCAUCUUGAUAAACAUCUUCCCAAGGCUGCAACAAGAGCAUUUGUUGACAAUUUGAAAGCAAUUUCACCAAAAAUUCUUCCAAUUCGAGAGCUUCUUCGAUUCUCAGUUCUCUCUACGAUUCAUAGGGUUUUGAGCCAGAAUUUCGGAAAAUUUGGAGCUCGUCGCCCGAUGAUCAAUCUCAAGACAGGUGUGGAUCAUUUUUGUCUUCAUACGGGAGGGAAAGCAGUAAUAGAUGGAAUAGGUGCAAAUUUAAACCUAAGUGAGUAUGAUUUGGAGCCAGCAAGAAUGACAUUACAUAGAUUUGGUAACACUUCUGCUAGCAGCCUUUGGUAUGUUCUUGGUUACAUGGAGGCUAAAAAGAGACUAAAAAUAGGUGAUAAAGUUUUUAUGAUAAGUUUUGGUGCAGGAUUUAAGUGUAAUAGUUGUUUGUGGGAAGUUGUUAGAGAUUUGCGUGAUGAGAAUGUUUGGGAAGAUUGCAUUGAUAAUUAUCCACCAAAAACAUUAGAAAAUCCUUUCUUGGAAAAAUAUGGAUGGCUUCAAAAUGAAGAUCCAAGCACCUUUUAUGUUCCUGAUGACUAUGUCAUCCCUUGAUCUAUGAGUAAAGGAUAAAAAACUCACCUAAAGUAUUCUGAUCUUUUGAAUUUUACUCUUCAACUAUUAGGCGUGUGAGUUUUUUUUGUCUAAAUUAUCUCUAAUUAUUUAUCAGAACACACCUCAAUUAUCAAGUGUUCAUUUUUCCUAGCUGAAAGUUCAGAUAUGAAACUCAAAUAUUAAUAGUUGAAGUGUUGUUUUGACAAAAUAAUUGGUGAUAAUUCAGACAGGAAACUCGCACACCUGAUAGUUCAAGUAUGAAUCUCAAAAAUUAAAAUACUUUAAGUGUAUUUUUUUCCAUUAAGCUCCCCCGCCAAACCCUAAACAAAAGAAACAAUAAUGAAAGGAUUUUUCGUUGGGAUUUAAUUUAUGUAUCUUUGUAAUAAUUUUUCUUGAUAUAGUUAAUCGAUUUGUGGAUUCUUUGCUCAUGAAAUGUAAAGUUUGUUGUUCUUUUA